GCCCUCACAGCAAGCCUAGCAUAGAACUGCACUCAUCUGCUAGACAGACCCGUGCUGCGCUCACACCCACUCGUCUGGCUGUCCUUCACCCAAGCAGCCGAUAUCAUCACGACGGCAACACAUCAGAGAGGUGUCUCUUAAGCCAGCAUCCUGAACACAGGUACCAUAACUGUUCAAAAUGAAUCUUGAUGCUCCGAAAGCUGAGAUCAAAUCGGCCACCCGCGUCAGCGGCGGCCCCGCCACCCCUCGCAAGGGACCACCCAAGUUCAAGCAGAGGCAGACUCGUCAGUUCAAGAGCAAGCCUCCGAAGAAGGGAAUCCAGGGCUUUGGUGAUGACAUCCCUGGAAUGGAGGGCUUAGGCACAGACAUCACCGUCAUUUGCCCAUGGGAGGCCUUCAAUCACCUGGAGCUGCACGAGCUGGCCCAAUACGGCAUCAUCUGAGCCUUCCUGCAUCUCCCUGCAAUCCUCCGAGGAUUACAGGCAACAUCCAUGCACUUCAAACCAUCUGCCUCAGGCUCCAUCUCCUAGCUUUAAAUGGAACUAUUCCAAACAAACUACCAUAAUGACCUGUAACAAACACAAAAAAUGGAAAAAGAGAAAAACAAUCUACAAAAAAAAAUCACUUUUCUGUCCUCUUUCUCCGGAUUCUUCUUCUGAUUCUGCAGUUCACACACAUCUGCUCAUGUUUAGGCUCUUUUGGUUUGAGUCUCACUAGACCUGCACUGUUUCUCCUCUCUUGCUGUCCCUACUCUCUUCUCUCCUCUCCUUUUCUUUUUCUGUUCUUCUCACGGACAAAACAUGAAACUUACGCAAGCAAGGAAGCCUCAAAUUGAGUUCUAAGUGUCAAACCCAUGAAGCGGGUGGGUUCCCGCUUCAUGCGCUUCGGCGCCUCUUUUCCCACCUCAGAGGCUUGUCCAUCAACGCCGAAAAUACCAAAUACAAAACCUGAAUUCUGUAGACUGGACACCAGCUUGCCAUUGCUGAGCGUAACCUUUCAGUGGGAUAACGUUAAUCAUCAGAUAGCCCUCUUUUCCCUGUUUCGACCGACCUUUAAUAAUAUUUUCUACUAUUUUCAUCACAAUAUGUUGAAGUCUGAUGCAUGUGGGGAGGUGUUGUCAGGAAAUAAAUCGUUUAAAACCAACGCAGCAGAGAAUAAAUGUCCAGGGAAGCAGAAUUCCUUCCUUGCAGCAUACCAGUGUGUGAUUUGGCGGGCAGUAGUGUGUUUAGUUCAUCAUUUGCCCACAGUGACAACUCAUCUUAGCUGAAGAGGCACAGCAUCUCUGUUAACUCCUCUUGUUUGUAUAUCUCCCUUGUAUAAUAUUAAUGUAUAUGGAAAUAUGUAUUUUAUGUUUGCAGGUUUAUUUCUCAUACUUUCACACAACCUGUGGGUUUAUAUUUGUGUUUUUAAGCUCAAUAUUUCAGCUCUUUUUUUGUUGUUAUCUUGUAGAUUAGGACAUUCUGGACCAUCAUCUCAUCUUCAUCGUCAGUUUGUUCAUGUUUAGACAUUGAAGUAAUGCCCUCCGCAACUUCCACCAGUCUGUUUCACACAUGAGAUAUCAAUGCAUGCACACUUCUAGUUGCAUCUAGCCUGUACUGUAUUUGAUGUACUCCUGACUUUGAAAACAUUGUUCUAAUCAGCAAGGUGAUAACAAACAAGCUGACAAUUAUUCCCUGAUGAUAAAGCUGGUGAUGGAAGAGUUGAUUUUUCUUCAAAUGAUGUUUACAGUGAUUGCCCUGUAGUGGUGAGGGGUGGCAGAGGGAUGAGUGGGAUGGAUGUUUCAGUACACGCCCAGGUCUGAAGAGAUGUGUAAUGGACCUCUCUGCAGGAUGAGGGAAAAAAAUAAAACAUAAAAAGAGGAAAAUACAAA